CCCUCGCGGAGACUAAUGCUCCCACGCCCUUGUUCUGUCCCCAGCCCCCCACUGCCACACAGCCGGGCCGACCAGUUCGACCUCAGCUGGGACCAGCAGCUCAACCUGGCCUACGUGGGCGCGGUCCCUCAUGGCGGCAUCGAGCAGGUCCGGACCCACUGGCUGCUGGAGCUCGUCACGGCCAGCAGGUCGGCUGGGCCGGGCCUGAGCUACAACUUCACUCACCUGGACGGGUACCUGGACCUUCUCAGGGAGAACGAGCUCCUCCCGGGCUUCGAGCUGAUGGGCAGCCCCUCUGGAUACUUCACCGACUUUGAAGACAAAGGGCAGGUGUUUGCGUGGAAGGAACUGGUCUCCCUCCUGGCCAGGAGGUACAUCGGGAGGUACGGACUGGAGCAGGUUUCCAAGUGGAACUUCGAGACGUGGAAUGAGCCGGACCACAAGGACUUCGACAACGUGUCCAUGACUUUGCAAGGUGGGCGGAGCCCGGGACCUAGGCGUGGAGGGGGCGGGCGGCUCCGCGCUCUGCCCCUGACCCGUGGGCAGCUGCUGUUGGUCUGGUCAGAUGAGCGCAUGGGCUCAAAGUGCCUGUGGACGUACGAGGUCCAGUUCUCCCCGGAUGGCCAGGUGUUCGCGCCCGUCAGCCGGAGGCCGUCCACUUUUAACCUCUUCGUGUUCAGCCCAGACACGGCCGUCGUCUCUGGCUCCUACCGGGUUCGAGCGGUGGACUACUGGGCCCGGCCAGGCCCCUUCUCGAACCCAGUGCAGUACCUGGAGGCCUCUGCCCCGUGAGGGCCCUGCUGUCCAAUGCCUUUGCGCCUGUGCUGACCGGUGGGCUGGACCGGCACCAGCUGUCCGCCGGCUGUCAGAUCUGCUCUCUCCUCCCGCCGGGUCACUCACCCCCUUAAAGUGCCUUUCCACA